GUCGCGAGGUCGCGGGGCUGGACAAAAUGCGGUCAACAUGCGGCAUUUCCUUACUUCUACGCUAUCUCAGCUUCUCAAAGCAUGCACUGCUAGCUCGUGACAUCUAAACGCACAUAGCGAGCGAAAAGACUGCACCGAUUGCUCGGCGCACUUCUGUUGCUUGUCGCUCCUUCUUUCCUUUGCUCAAACGUGUGCUUCCAUGCUCUCGUUUCUGGCUGGAUGCGUCUUCAAGGCGCUGACGGGCGGAGACUUGAGGGAGGACUUGAGCUGCAUGCUCAAUGCUCUGCCUGAGGCCCUCGGCGUGCCUCGCCUGUGCAAGGCUACUGCUAGCGACAUCCGCUCGCCAUGCUUCCCUUGCAAUGGACAGAAGGUGAGCAUUCUGCAAAAGCGACGGGUACACGUUGGCGGGCACAACCACCAAUUCAGCGCUACUGGCGUUUCCUUUGUGCACCGCCUGGCCGGAACGCUGGCCCGGCGGUGGUCAAAGCCAAACUUCCACUAGUGGCAUGCGCAGUAGGCUUUACGACAGUCUUUGGUUUGUUCAGCUUGAUUGUUGCUCGCGCGGGCUCUUAGACCUCUCGCCUGGGGCUCUUUCAUACAACCACGUAUCGGCAUUCUUGAGGCUCCUGCUCAACAAGCGCGCGCACUCAUCCUUUCCGCUCCCCCACCCGCGCGCCCUUUCCCCCUCUCGCUCAGGUCGUUCGGCGUCCACUUUGGGACCCGCGCGCCACGUUGGCUGCAGCUAGCCCCGCCCCCGUCCUCGAGGCCAUGAAGGAGUCUCCCACGCCGCCCGUGUCAAGCUCGGGCGACGACUGCACGACCGAUGGCAGCGCCGUCCCCUCCGCCUCCCCCUCCAACCCCACCUCCGCCUCCACCUCCAAGGCCCUCGUGCCCGCCGGCCCCGUCGUUGCCCCUGCUCCCUCCGCCUCCUGCCCGGCGAGCGAGGACGCGCCCGCGGCCACCUGCUGCGGCGAGGUCCAGGCCGAGUCCUCGAGUGGCGGCGAUGAGAACGACGACGUCAGCAGCUACAUGCAGGGGGAGGUGCGGCUGGUGGUGACGUUCGAGGACGGCUCCUUUCGCCGCUUCUCCAAGAGCGUCGUGGAGGAUUUCCGCAAGCUGCCGCUGGACGCGUUCGAGGAGCGUCACGGCCUCCAGUGCUGGCGGUCCGAGGGCAAGAUCGGCCGCGGCGGCUACGGCCUCGUGCACGUGGGGCUGUUGCAGCGGCCCGACGGCACCACACGGCCCGUCGCCGCCAAGCUGUUCCUGGGCGGACUCACCAAGGCCAAGGAGCAGCUGAACAGGGAGGUCGGCGCGGCGAUGCAGCUGCAGCAGGCCUGCGCCACCGCCUCUUCCUCCUCCUCUUCUUCCUCCUCGCCUGAACAGCCGUUGCCGCUGCUGGCGGCGGCUGAGCGGAGCCCGUUUGUGCGGCUGCUGUGCCACGGCGGCCGGCCCGGGCAGCUGCCCAUGAUGGUGAUGGAGCUGGCAAAGGGCUGCGUGGCUUCCGUACUGGAGGAUGCCACUGAAAAGCGCGACGAGAUCUGGGCUCAGAUGGAGGCCACACAGCAGCAGGCAGAUGCAGCCGCCGCUGCCAACACCGACGUCGCCAGCAUGUCUGAUAACCUCACCAGGGCGCGGCCGGCGGCGCCGCCGGGCUCUGGCGUCCUGCCGGCCCCUCGGCCGCCGCCGCCGCCGCCCGGCUUUGAGCCCCUGCCGGUGGCGAGCCCUCGCCCGUGCCCACCGCCGCCGGGCUUUCACGCAAUGCCGGCGGCCCCUCGCCCCCCGCUGCCACCGCCUGGCUUCGCACCACUACUGGCCUCGCCGCCCGUGCCUGCGUCGGCGCCGGCCUCGGCUGCUACUUCUGCUGCUGAAGACCCGCUUCUGCCGUCUGUGCGUGUGGCCCGUGCUCCGCCGGGCUUCCCAGUGCCUGGCACUGCCAGUGCUCCCCGCUGCCGCGACGUGUGGGAGGACGUGGCGCUGCUGCCGCUGAAGCAGGUGCUGGCCAUCCUGGUGUCUCUGGCGGCCGCGAUUAAGGCCAUGCACCGCGUGGGACUCGUGCACAACGACGUCAAGCCUGCCAACAUGCUCCACCGCGCUGACGACACCUACUGCCUGGCUGACUUUGGUCUGGCUGAGCAGCUGAGCCCCGCCGACCCCACUGGCACCUUCGUCUUCGAGAUGGCCUGCGGCACCCGCCACUACAUGGCACCCGAGGUGCAGAGCAACGUGCCACUGACGGCCGCCGUUGACGUGUACUCAUUCGGCAUCACGGCCCUGUGCGUGGCUGUGACCGGCAGCAACAGCGCCGCGGCCGACUGGUUUGCGCAGCAGAGCUGGUGGCCGGCCGGCGACGCGCCGGCUGCUGCCCGUGCCUUCCCGGCCGGCAUCUUCCCUUCCUACCUGCCCCUGUCACUGGAGCUGCUGCUGCUCGACUGCGUGGCUUGGGAUCCGCAGGAGCGGCCCACUGCGGAGCAGGUGGUGCAGCGGCUGGCCGCGAUCUGGGAGGAGGUCGUUGUGUGCGGCUACUAAUGACGCUACAUGCUACGUGCUGCUAGCGGGCUUGGUAUUGGUGGCUUGCGUUGUCGCGCCCAAGGGCGCCCAUAGGCUGUCGGGCAGGGCUGUUGAGAGGUUCGAGAGAGGGCAAACCUGAGAUGGUUUCAUUGGCAGGGCCGCAGCGUAUGCUGCCAAGGAGAGUAGGGCUUGCUCGCUAGCUCGCUUACUAGCUAUCGUGCCGCGCCAAGCAGGCGUGCGGCCGGCAUCAGUGUGUGCGUUUGCUUGUGUGCUUGCGGGCCGAGACAGCCCCAGGAGUGCCGCAGCUAGCUCCGAGUGCGCGUCAGCGGCAGGACUGGAACACUACCUACCGCUUAGGAUGGAGCAAGCGGCCUAGGGCGUGGAAGUUCUUUCAUAGGGCGUACAUAUUCAUUAUACAUGCGCUGCAGAUAUUCAUACUGCUACUGCGAGGGGAGGCACUCUGCGUGCCCGUGAGCGUGCGUGUCAUCACUAGACGUGGUUUGGGUCAAACGCUGUCUGCCUAGCAUUGCUCUUUGGCAACUCGUGCAUUGGCUUCUCUUUCGGGUGUUUAGGACAUUUAGGACCCUGUACAUGGAUUGAUCUGUAUCUUUUAGACGCUGCGGCUUUAGGCUUUAGUCUGCUAGCGUUGAAUACGGGCGGUGGGCGGUUGACAGACCGGCACGCAGGUGAAUACAACACACAACUGACUAGGCGGGCAAAUGCUGACGCGGCGUCGCUGAACCAAGCGUCUUUGGCUCGUUGGCUACCGUUUUACUAUUAGAUUGCUUUGACCUGCUUGUGUCAGCCGAUAUUGUCUUGUGCAAAGCGCUGGCUGCAUUGAUUCAUGCAGCUUGGCCAGGUGUACGGUAAUGAGGACUAGCUGCUAGGCGGUGUGACCGUGGGUGUGACGGCGGGUAGCGAACGGCUUCGUAGCUGCAGCGGCUGACGGUGCGGCGGGGGCUGGAGCGUGUGCACGGCUAGUUAGGCCUCGUGAUUAGGACGAGUAGGGAUGGGCACAUUACUGGCACACGGGAUGAAGGGGCACGGCCUGUGCAUUGCAGGUCAUCACCCCUGGGUAAGGACACUGGAUGAGAGGAUGAGACGGGGCAGGGCUGGAGCCCAGUGAAGCAUACGCACCGAUUGACACCAAAAGAUGACUUCUUUCCUAAUCAAGGCCGGUGGGGCCAUAGUUUCAUGCAUCGGCGUGCGUGCAUGCACUUGUAACAACUAUGGGCA